AUGGCGCCAGACCGCAGUGGAAAGAGUGUGUUCCUGGGGAACAUUCCCUACAACCUUACCGAGGAGCAAGUCAAAGACAUCCUCAGCACAGCCGGGACUGUUACAAAGUUUCGCCUCAUGAUGAACCCAGAGACCGGCAAACCAAAGGGAUAUGGAUUUGCCGACUUCGCCGACGCCGACGCUGCAGCUUCAGCCGUGCGAAAUCUGAACGACUAUGAGAUUAUGGGCCGCAAGAUUCGGGUUGACUGGCCGCACAACAAUGAAAAGGACUCAGUACCUACAGACUAUCCGGAGGAUUCGCAACCCAUGACCCAAGACCCAUCGCAACAGAUGCAACAAAUCCCCGGAUCUGUACCCCUCCCUCCUCUUCCGCCUGGUAUUGAACUUCCACCCCAUGUCGACACCCCAACUGCCAUUGGCCAUACUCUUGCAUCUCUCCAUCCAAGCGCGCUCCUCGAAGUUCUCAGCCAAAUGAAGUCUCUAGCUGUGGCCGAUCCGGCCCGCGCAACAGAGCUCUUGCGCCAAGCUCCCCAACUCGCAUACGCGAUCUUCCAGGCCAUGCUGCUUAUGAAUCUCGUGGAAUAUCAACUCCUGGGAUCGAUCGUCGAACAGGCUUCACAACCUGCGCCGCCUACUCAGUCCUUGCCCCAGUACCAAGGAUACGGCGCCAUGCCUGGCCAACAACAAGCUGCUCCCCAGAUCCCCAACCAAGAGGAACUUCUGCAGCAGGUUCUUAGCAUGCCACAGUCUGCAAUUGAUGCCCUCCCUGCGAACGAGAGGAGCCAAAUCAUGAUCCUGCGCCAACAGUUGAUGCAGGGCGGUAUGCGCUAG